GUCACAUGGUAAGGGCCACACAGAGAAAUGAGAUGCUCUCCACUGACACAACGCCCAAGUAAUAUCUUUAGCCGUGUAGGUCCAUCACUUCCCUGUAUGCGCUCUCCUGUAUGACCAAUAUAGACCAGUAUUUUAGCACACCGUAUAAGCAAAGAAGAAACCAUACCAUCUCACUCUGCUCUGCUGUUUACAAUCUCUUCCUUCUUUCAUUUUCAUUGAUUUCUGCUAUUUCAACCCAGAAAACAUGGCCGAGGUUGCAGGCCUACUUCUCUCCCCCUUCCUCCAAGUAUUCUUCGAAAAAGUUGCUUCUGGUGAGUUUGUUGACUUCUUUCGAAGUCGAAAACUUGACGGUGGACUCUUAAAAAAGCUGGAAAUAGUAUUGCUGUUUGCGAAUGCAGUGCUCGAAGAUGCAGAGGAAAUGCAAUUUACAAAGCCUACGGUGAAAAAGUGGCUUCAUGAGCUGAAAGAUGCCGUCUAUGAUGCAGAAGAUAUCUUGGACGAGAUUCAUACCGAAGUCUUGCGAUGCAAGUUGGAUGAUGAAUUUCAGACUUUUGCAACUAAGGUACGAAAAACCUUCUCUACUUCUCUUAAUCCUUUUGUUAGAGAGAUAGAACCAAAGAUAAACGAUGUGGUCGAGACAUUGGAUCAUCUAGUAAAACGGAAGGAUGCUAUAGGUUUGAAAGAAGGCGUUGGAGUGAAAUCAUCCGGAAGAUCGUCCACUACUUCUUUGGUUAAAGAAUCUGAUAUUUUUGGUAGGACUGAUGACAAGGAGGCAAUAAUUAAUUUGUUGCUGUCAGAUAAUGUAAGUGGCAAUGAGUUGUGUGUGAUUGCUAUUGUUGGCAUGGGGGGACUUGGGAAGACAACACUUGCUCAACUUGUAUACAACGAUGACAAGAUGGAAAAGCAUUUUGAUCUUAAAGCUUGGGUUUGUGUUUCGGAUGAUUUUGAUGUGUUGAAGAUGACGAAAACAAUGUUAGAGAAAUUUGGAUUGUCAGCUGACAGUACUGAUGGUAAAAGUCUAGAUUGGCUUCAAGUUACACUACAGCAGAAACUGACUGGAAAGAAAUUUCUUCUUGUUUUAGAUGAUGUUUGGAAUGAGAAUUAUUCUGAAUGGGAGGCCUUCAGCAACCCCUUUAGAUUUGGGGUAGAAGGGAGUAGGGUGAUUGUAACCACACGGGAGAAGCAUGUUGCAUCAAUCAUGCGCUCUACUGAAAUUCACGAUCUAAAGACAUUACAAGAAGGAUAUUGCUGGUCACUAUUUUCAAAACAUGCGUUUUGUUCUGGAAACUCUGAUGCUCAUCCGGAGUUGGAAGUAAUUGGUAGACAGAUUGUGAAAAGGUGUGAAGGCCUACCCUUGGCAGUCAAGACAAUUGGAGCUCUCUUGUGGUCUGAAGUGGAUGUUAGCGAGUGGAAUAAGAUAAUGAGGAGCGAAAUAUGGGACUUGCGGAAUGAUCAUGUUAUUCCUGCUCUAAGAUUAAGUUACAAAUAUUUGCCAUUACAUUUAAAGCGUUGCUUUGCUUAUUGUUCAAUAUUUUCUAAAGACUAUGAUUUCAAAAAAGGAGAUGUAAUCUUAUUGUGGAUGGCCGAAGGUUUGUUGCCACAAGUGAAAGACAAAACAAUGGAACAAAUUGGUGAUGAUUACUUCGUUGAUCUUGUAUCAAGAUCAUUGUUCGAACAAUCAAGUAUAAAAUAUUUCGAAAUGAGGUUCGGAAUGCAUGAUCUUAUCAACGACUUAGCAAGGUUUGUGUCUGGACAAUUUACCUUUAGGUUGGAGGGUGAAAAUUCUCUCGACAUUGUCAACAAGACACGCCAUGUUUCAUUUUUCAAUAAACUUGGUGGUAAUAGUGAAAAGCUUAGGGCGCUCUACGAGGCCAAGAGAUUGCGUACUUUCCUACCAAUUUAUGAUAAUAAUCCAAUGCCAGUUAGAGAACUCGUGCAUUAUUUGUUGCCUACGCUAAGUUGCUUGCGAGUUUUCUGUCCAUUUGAUCGUUACAAUUUGAUCGAGCUGCCAGAUUCAGUUGGCAAAAUCAAAAGUCUACGAUAUUUGGAUCUUUCUGGAACUUCAAUUAAAAAGAUACCUGAUUCCAUAUGUAAGUUGUGCAAUUUGCAGACCUUGAAAUUACGGUAUUGUGAUAAUCUUACUGUAUUGCCAAGAGACACACAUAAACUCAUCAAUUUGCGCCAUCUUGAUUUUAUUGGUACUCCCAUAAAGGAGAUGCCAGUACAAUUGGGAAGACUAUGUUGUCUUCAGACAUUGACUAAGUUUAUUGUCGGUAAACAAAGUGGAGCGGGCAUAGAAGAGUUGGGAAGACUUGCAAAUCUUGGGGGAAAGCUCCCUAUUUCGGAUCUCCAAAAUGUUGUAUCUCCUAUAGAUGCUUUGGUUGCCAGCAUGAACGAUAAAAAGUAUCUGGAGGAGUUGGAACUAAAAUGGAAUGACGAAGAUAAUAUUUCAGAGAGUCAAAUGGUUGUACUGGAUAAUCUCAAACCCCAUGCAAACUUGAAAAGUCUCUCUAUCAUCGGCUAUGGUGGUAAAAUUUUUCCAGAUUGGAUCGGACAUCACUCAUUUUCUAAUAUAGCAUCUCUCCGUCUAAUUAACUGCAAGUAUAACUCUGUUUUGCCACCCCUUGGGCAGCUACCUUCUCUGCAGUUCCUUUCUAUUGUUCAGUUUGAUGGAAUCGAUGAAGUGGGGCGAGACUUUUAUGGCAAUUGUUCUUCUUCAAAGAAACCGUUUGGAGCCUUGAAAGUUUUGAAUUUUAGAGACUUGCCGAAGCUGGAGAAAUGGUUUGAUUUUGGUGCCGAAAAUGAAGGUGGAGCUUUUACUUAUCUUGAAGAGCUUGAGAUUGUUAACUGCCCCAAGUUAACAGGAGAGUUGCCCAUCCAUCCUUCUUCUUUAUCUAGACUUGUGAUAAAAAAAUGUCCGUUGUUGGUGACUUCACUUCCAAGUGCUGCUACUCUAUGUCAAUUGGAGCUAAGAGAUUGUAAUGAGUUUCUCUUCAUGGAAUUUCCAAAGGGAUUACAGAAACUCGAGAUUGGAGGAUUUGAUGCGCUAGAGUCCAUACCGGAGAGAUUGAUGGACUUCAACAGUUCUUGUCUUGAGAAGUUAAAAAUUAAGGGUUGCCACUCGCUCACAUCUCUGUCCAGUGGUGGUGGUGGUUUACCUUCUACAUUAAAAAUCCUUGAGAUCAAAGAUUGUAGCAAGUUAGAGCUUCCAAUGCACUGGAACUAUUCUUCCCUUGAGAACUUGUGGUUAAAAAAUAGUUGUGAUUCUCUACUGUCCUUUCCAUUAAACUUAUUCCCAAAUUUGAAAUCCAUCGAACUAAAUGGAUGUAGGAAUCUGGUGUCUGUUGAUCUUCCGCAACAACUUGAACUUGAUUUAGUGGCAUUGUCCUCAGUAGAAAUAAAUAAUUGCCCUAAUUUCAUAUCAUUUCCGAAUGGAGGAUUGCGUGCCCCAAAACUUUUGGAAUUUAAAGUCUUCAAUUGUCAAAGUCUGACGUCACUACCUGACAAGAUGCACAUACUCUGUCCGUCUCUUUUGUUGUUGUAUUUAAAGAAUUGCCCAGAAAUUGAGUCAUUCCCUGAAGGAGGCUUGCCUUCCAAACUGAGUUCUAUUUACAUCAUAGACUGUGACAAACUCGUCACCAAUAGAAGGGGAUGGGGAUUGCAGAAUCUCCCCUCCAUUCGAUCCCUUGUAAUCGAAGGCAAUUGUAAAGACGUGGAGUCCUUUCCGGAGGCGGGGUUACCUCCCACUAGUUUGCGUUAUCUUCAAAUCGGUAAAUUUCCAAAUAUGAAAUCUUUGGACUAUAAGGCCCUUCGACACCUCAACUCUCUUGAAUCAUUGAGGAUCAAGUCCUGCCCUAAGUUGAAGUUUAUGCAAGAAGGGUUGCCUGCCUCCAUUUCUAAUCUACAAAUCAGCGGAUGUGCCUUGUUGGAGAAACAGUUGCAAAGCAGAAAAGGAAAAGCAUGGCGCAAGAUUGCUCACAUCCCCCGCAUUUAUAUUAAUGAUAAAUUGAUUUGACCAAGCUACAAGUCUGGCAAGAGUGCCCAAUUUCAGUUAUAUGAUCUACACCACAGAUGGACGACGACAAAGGUUUGUGCCGGUGAUACAUUUUUCUACACAUCUCCUUUUAAAUGUUCUUCCUUAAUACCUGGCGGGGUUUUUAACACGGUCAACUUCCAUUGGCAAUAACGGCCGUCAUGUGCUUCGAAUCAAAUUGUCUAUCGCCAUGGGGAUUCUCUCUCAAGAAGAGUCCUUUCCUUUUGUCAUUGGACAAGGAUUCGCACAGUAAAUUCCCCAGAACUUGAACCAUUUGCUGGAAUAGAAAGACAACCACAAGCAAUUGAAUGAUUGGCCUCAGGUGUGAUAGGAUGGGCAAAAAAGGCUAAGUUAUCAAUGACAGCGUAGCUGUUGAAUGAACCUUGUUAUGAUAGUUGAUGAUAUGUGUCGACAAGUGGCAAGCUACCUACUGUCCUAAAGGCACUUCACAAUUGGAAGCCACUGAGAUGAGAAACUAAAAUUGAUUUUUGAUGGUGACAUUAUCUAUUGAUUACACUAUGCUGGCCUUUAUUGUAGUCAUUCUCUUCUUGGACUAAAUGGAAUAGAGUAAAGAAAUAUGCAUUGCUGAUUCGCUGAUGCAAAAUUUUCAGAUGAGGAUCUGGUAAUUGUUUUGUUUUGAUUGUUCAAUUGUAAAGGACAAUGUGAGAAGGAAAUUUGGUCAAUCUUUCCUUCUAUGCCCACGACAGAAAGCUACUUUGUCUUGAAUGAUCUUUUUAGGCAAUUGGGGUGUUUCUUCUCUUUAAAUUCUGAAACGAGGGUACAACUGAUGUAGAUGUGCUGAACGAACUAGCUCCGUGGAGGAUGUAGUAAUAAUGCUAAGGCUAAGAAUGGCAAGACGUCAGUCACCAUAUGGCAAUAGGAAGGCGUUAGUCUGUGAGAAUGGGUUGUCGUUGAGCAUCCAGUUUAUUCAAGUCAAAAGAGAACACUAUAUCAUAUGUAUGCCCAUUCAGCGAGACAUUGCCUCUUAAAUUUAGGAGACAAUAAUGCUCCAUUCCAAGUGAAGGAUCCCCUCUGUUAAACCUGCAGUGCUCUCCUGUGCAUCAGCUGUACUUGAAGCUUUGGCUCGUAGUUGCAACAUCUUAGAAAGCAAACAAUGAAAGAAAGGAGGCUUCCAUCAAGAUGGUUUGGUUAUCGAAAUGAUGACAACUUUAGGAGUCAUGGAAACAUUAUUGUUGGGAAAGUUGGUGGGGUCGUGGCUCUUGUUAGCCUCUUGGGGAGAUGAUUAAUGUGAGAAACAACAUGAUUUCCAAAGUUGGACACGUGUGGUAAUGCUUAAGAACCAGUGCUGCUAUUGUUGGUCCCAUCCCAUCUUGUUCAGGCUUGCAUGCUCGUGGACAUGGCUAGCAAUCUUGCAUCAGCUGCUUGUAUACCAUUCCCAUUAUUACUCAGUUGAUAUUUGUAAUCUCUGAUAAGUAGAGACUAGAUUUCUCUCACUUUUUCAUACUAGAUUCCUUCCAUUACCUUCUAAAAAUGAUAUUUUAGACGGGUUUUGAAAAUCCCUCUUAAUUGAGAGUUUUUGAACCAUAAAUGUUUGGUGAAAAAUAAAUAAAAAAUUGUCUGAAAUGCUCAAAAUUUUUAACA